UUCCUCAACCUAAAGCAAACUUUCACUAUACACAACCCACCAGCCUCCUUAUAUUAUGAGGCACAAAAAGAAGCUGGUGGGUAACUAACACAACUGCAACCUAGAAACUCCAUUUCCCACCAGAAAUGGCUUCCAAAGCCUCCUCUAUCCUCCAAAUCCUCACCUUUUUUUCCAUCUUCUUUUCUCUUUCCAAUUCCAUUGACUUCAAUUACCCUGCGGUCUUCAACUUCGGCGAUUCAAAUUCCGACACAGGCGACCUUGUGGCCGGAAUGGGUGACCUCCUUCUUCCUCCUAAUGGACAGACUUUCUUCAAAACACCAUCCGGGAGGUUCUGCGAUGGCCGGUUAAUCGUAGAUUUUUUAAUGGAUGCAAUGGACCUGCCAUUUCUAAAUGCCUAUUUGGAAGCCAUUGGCUUACCUAGUUUUCGAAAAGGCUGCAAUUUUGCUGCUGCAGGGUCUACUAUACUUCCGGCAACUGCAAACGCUGUGAGUCCAUUUUCGUUUCGGAUUCAGGUGGCUCAGUUCAUGAGAUUCAAGGGCCGUGUUCUCCAACUGCAGAGUCAAACAAAAAAAUAUAAUAAGUACCUUCCUUCAGAAGAUUAUUUUGGGAAGGGGCUUUACAUGUUUGAUAUAGGACAGAAUGAUAUUGCUGGUGCCUUCUAUUCCAAAACAUUUGAUCAAAUUAUUGCUUCAAUUCCAACAAUUUUGCAAGAAUUUGAAGAUGGAAUUACGGAAUUAUAUGACCAAGGGGCAAGAAAUUUUUGGAUUCAUAACACAGGUCCUCUAGGUUGCUUGCCUCAGAAUGUUGCCAAAUUUGGGACUGAUCCAUCAAAGCUUGAUGAGCUAGGUUGUGUCAGCACGCAUAACCAGGCUGCUAAGCUUCUCAACCUGCAACUUCACGCGCUCUGCAAGAAAUUGCAGAGCAAUUAUACGGAUGCAAACAUUACACACAUUGACAUCUUCACCAUAAAAUCUAACCUCAUCGCGAACUAUUCACGAUAUGGGUUUGAACAACCUACAAUGGCUUGCUGUGGAUAUGGAGGUCCACCAUUGAACUAUGACAGUCGAAUCGCCUGUGGACAAACAAAAGCUCUGAAUGGUAGCUCGGUGACAGCCAAAGCGUGCACCGACAGUACUGAAUAUGUUAACUGGGAUGGAAUUCAUUACACAGAGGCUGCAAACCAGUAUGUCUCAUCUCAAAUACUCACCGGCAAGUUUUCUGAUCCGCCAUUCUCAGAACAGAUGCCUUUUCUUCUCAAGCUCAAGUUCUAAGGACCACCCUAUUAUGCUUAUCAUUGUUUUAUUCUUUUAUCAAAUGUGUUAAUGUCUACUGAUAUUGCAAGCUACCAAUGAAUUCUGAGUUAGACAAAUAGUUAACCGCGUGACUUGAAGCUAGA